AUGGAUAGAUCUGCGAAUAAUUCGGCAAAUGUAAUUGCUUGCCAUUGCGACCGGCACGAAACGACUGUCGUCGUCAGAUCGUCUUGGCUUGGCUUACUUGCGGCUUGUCGGACGGCGACGCAGCCAGAAUCGUGCCGCCUUCGGGUGGAAAGCCUCGUCUUCUUCUGGCGCCUUUUCAGCCUCGUCUUUUGCCUUCUUUUCGGCCAUCGCCUCUGCAGCCGCCUGCCCGUCCUGCCGCGUCGACUUCGCCUGCGAACUCGGGCCCACAUCGACCCGCCUCGGCGUGACCGCCCCGUCGACGCCAGCUCGGGCCAGGCCAGCCUGGGCACGACUCGCGUGGACGCGUUCCAGGGCGGCCGCGGCUGGACGGGCGGCGUGGACAGGCGGAAGAACGGCCGCCAGCGAUGA